CGCCGGUGACGUGCCGUUUCGGAGUAAGUGAGGCCCUUGCCCCCAUCCCUCGGCUACACCCGAGCGCUCGCGGGAAGACGGGCACCCGGGGCCUAGCCAGGAGGCGGCAGCCCCGCGUGCGCCACCCCCGGACAGCGCGCUGCCGCGCUACUACGGCUCCGGCAUGUCCAGCCCGGUCGCCUGCACGCGGUUCAGUGAUAACUACGACCUCAAGGAGGAGCUCGGCAAAGGUGCUUUCUCCGUAGUACGGCGAUGUGUGCAAAAGAGCACGAAUAACGAGUUUGCAGCGAAAAUUAUCAAUACUAAAAAACUCUCUACCAGAGAUUUUCAGAAGCUCGAGCGUGAGGCGCGGAUAUGUAGGAAACUCCAGCAUCCAAAUAUCGUAAGACUACACGACAGUAUACAAGAAGAAAACUACCAUUACCUCGUCUUCGACUUGGUCACCGGUGGUGAACUCUUCGAGGACAUCGUCGCCCGGGAAUUUUACAGCGAAGCCGACGCCUCGCACUGCAUCCAACAAAUCCUCGAGAGCGUCCACCACUGCCAUUACAACGGUGUCGUGCACAGAGAUCUGAAGCCCGAAAAUCUGCUCUUAGCGAGCAAGGCCAAGGGAGCCGCCGUCAAGUUGGCUGAUUUUGGAUUAGCGAUAGAGGUACAGGGAGACUUUCAAGCAUGGUAUGGUUUCGCGGGAACGCCCGGCUACUUGAGUCCGGAGGUACUAAAGAAAGAGUCUUAUGGCAAGCCAGUGGAUAUUUGGGCCUGUGGAGUUAUCCUUUAUAUCCUACUAGUUGGUUACCCUCCAUUUUGGGAUGAAGAUCAACACCGAUUGUAUGCACAGAUUAAGUCCGGCUCCUACGACUAUCCAACACCAGAAUGGGAUACCGUUACACCAGAAGCGAAAAAUCUUAUCAAUCAAAUGUUGACGGUGAAUCCGACUAAAAGGAUUACAGCCAACGAAGCCCUCAAGCAUCCCUGGAUCUGCCAACGUGAACGCGUCGCGUCUGUGGUACAUAGACAACAGACUGUUGACUGUUUGAAGAAAUUCAAUGCCAGGCGCAAAUUAAAAGUCGCUAUUUUAACAACAAUUCUGGCAACAAGAAACUUUUCCAAGAGUGCUAAAGGCAUGAUCACAAAGAAGGGCUCGCAGGUAAAGGAAUCAACCGACGGAAGCACAACGCUCGAGGAUGAAGAAGUUAAAGAGGAUAAGAAGGGCGGUGUCGAUCGGAGCAGCACGGUCAUUGCCAAAGAACCCGAAGCCUACGGAUCGCAGGGAACGCCACCCAGUAGUCCCGCCUCCGCAGUCUCGGCCUUCUCCAGGGCGGGCAUGGCCCACAGCCAGAAACAGGCGCCCGGUAGUCCCCUCGGCAUCGCCGCGGCCCUCCUGCAGGGCGCUCAAGCGAGCGGGAGCGGAAGCGGAAGCAGUUCCAAUCAAAGCAGCAGUAGUAACAGCCAGAACAGCCAAUGUGGCACAUCGCCCUCGUGUAUGGCUUCACCGGGAUACCUCAAUGCCGACGACGUUAACGUCAACAAUGACAACGGCCUGUACGCUUCAAGGCGCCAGAGCUCUGCAAGCACCGAGCCUGAGGGAUACCGGCAGACUUCGGAGGGCUACGUCCAGCUCGGAUGCGAUCCAGAAGACGCUCGUCGCCAGGAAAUCAUCAAGAUGACUGAGCAGCUCAUCGAGAGUAUCAAUACUGGCGAUUUUGAAGCUUACACAAAAAUCUGUGAUCCCCACUUGACUGCGUUUGAACCCGAGGCUCUAGGUAAUUUAGUGGAGGGAAUGGAGUUUCACAAAUUUUACUUUGAUAAUGUACUUGGGAAGAACUGCAAAGCCGUUAAUACAACGAUCUUGAAUCCUCACGUACAUCUACUUGGCGAAGAUGCUGCUUGCAUCGCGUACGUCAGACUCACUCAAUAUAUGGACAAGCAAGGAGUCGCCCAUACUCAGCAGAGCGAAGAGAGUCGCGUUUGGCACAAGAAGGAUAACAAGUGGCAGAACGUUCAUUUUCAUCAAAGUGCGGUCACAGGUCCUUCGCCCUUUUCUUUUCAUAAGUAAGGGGUACGACGAUCGGACGGACUCCGCCAUACAAUCAAGAAGCGGCAAAGAAGCAAAAGUUAACAUACUUUGUUGUUCCAUUGAUGAAAGAAAUAUAAUAAUAACCUAGAACUAAAUGCGCGAUGCCAAUUGGUGAGAUUGGAGAGAUGGAAAGAAUGAUAGAGAGUGAGUUGAGGAUGUAAGAGUGAACAUAUGCGUGAAAGAGGGUUGCUGAGAGAGGAAAAGGAUUGAGAGAAAGAGAA